AUGUGGUGCAUAAUUUUGACAUGUUUUUUGACAUUGAUUUUUUCGCUGUGUUUUACGAGGCGUUGGCGUCAUAAGACGUUUCUUCGCAAAAACAGUCGUACCAUUCGCACAACUGUUGUCCUUGGCUCCGGUGGCCAUACGAUGGAAAUGCUGUCUCUGAUCAGCAACCUCGGUAGCGAGUUUUCACCUCGGUCGUAUGUCAUAGCCGACAGCGACUUUUUGAGCAUGUCAAAAGUGAAACAGGUGGAAAAGGGCGGUGAAUUCAGUGUUUGUUUGAUACCGCGCAGUCGGCAGGUGAAGCAGUCAUAUGCGACUUCGAUACUGUCGACAUUACGUUCAUUUGGCUUGUGCUUUCCGGUCUUGUUGCAUCAGCGGCCACAACUUCUGCUGUGCAACGGUCCCGGUACAUGCGUGCCCGUUUGCUUCUGUGCCUUCCUGCUAGACCUGUUGUGCUUUCGUACGUGCUACAUCAUCUACGUAGAAAGCAUAUGUCGGGUGAAGACGCUGUCUCUUUCGGCGAAGAUUCUCUACCACCUGAGACUGGCAGACUGUUUGGUUGUUCAGUGGCCAGAACUUCUCGAAUAUUACCCGAAAGCGUUGUACUUAGGAAGAUUAUAA